AUGGCGGCAGCUGCGGAUGUUGCUGCUGAUGGAUCCUUUGAUACUUUCUUCUCUGAGACCGCGUCCGGCAAAUAUGUUCCCCGUUCUAUCUUCGUAGACCUAGACCCGUCGCCGGUUGACGAGAUCCGGACCGGAACCUAUCGUCAACUUUUCCAUCCCGAACUACUAAUCAGUGGCAAAGAGGAUGCUGCUAGCAAUUAUGCUCGGGGUCAUUACACUAUCGGAAAGGAGCUCCUAGAGAAUGUCCUUGACCGCGUCCGUCGAGUAGCGGAUAACUGUUCGAGCUUACAAGGGUUCCUUGUCUUCCACUCUUUCGGUGGUGGUACUGGUUCAGGAUUCGGUGCACUUCUUCUUGAGAGCCUUUCAGCCGAUUUUGGAAAGAAGUCUAAGCUCGAGUUUGCGGUUUAUCCUGCUCCCCGAGUCAGCACGGCUGUUGUCGAACCUUAUAACGCAGUUCUAUCCACUCACAGCACCAUCGAAAACUCAGACUGUACUUUCCUUGUUGACAACGAAGCCGUCUACGACAUUUGUCGCCGAAACCUUGAUAUCCCACGGCCAUCGUACGAGCAUCUCAAUCGAUUAGUUGCUCAAGUGGUAUCCUCGAUCACGUCUUCGCUUCGCUUUGAUGGGGCCCUUAAUGUAGACCUUGGGGAAUUCCAGACCAAUUUGGUUCCUUAUCCUCGUAUCCAUUACCCAUUGAUCAGUUAUGCACCGGUGAUUUCUGCUAGCAAGAGCACCCACGAGUCGUUCAAGGUUGCCGACUUGACAUUUCAAUGCUUCGAGCCCAAUAACCAAAUGGUCGUCUGCGAUCCCAGAAACGGGAAAUACAUGGCCGUCGCUCUUUUGUAUCGUGGCGAUGUCGUACCUCGCGACUGUACGUCUGCGAUUGCAACCAUUAAAGCAAAGGCCACCUUUAACCCUGUCGACUGGUGCCCCACUGGAUUCAAAAUUGGUAUUAAUUACCAAAAGCCCAUGCGCGUUCCAGACAGUGAGCUUGCUCCUAUAGAUCGUUCCGUCAGCAUGCUCUCCAACACUACUGCGAUUGCGGAGGCCUGGUCUAGAAUUGAUCACAAGUUCGAUCUGAUGUAUGCCAAGCGCGCCUUUGUGCAUUGGUAUGUUGGAGAGGGUAUGGAGGAAGGAGAAUUCUUUGAGGCUAGAGAAGAUCUUGCCGCCCUUGAAAAAGAUUACGAGGAAGUUGCAACAGACACGGUUCCUGAAGCCGAGCUCGAUUACUAAUUCAUUGUGUACGGUUUGAGUCAAGAUUAACUAGCCCCUGCUACUCAUCUUUCUCUUAAACUCCUCGAAAGCAAGAACUUGGAUGCCUCUCUGCCUUUUCCCUCUUUCCACAGAGCCUAAUUAUUGCUCCUAUUACCCCCUCUUUAUAUCGCUGCCAUCAAAGGCCGACAAUGAAGCGUCUUGAUUCCAUUGGUGUUUUUGUAUUUUCCAUUAGCUAGCGUCCUCUUGUCAACGAAACUUCCAAGAUACCGUAACCAAG